AUGCUCAAGCUGGUCCGCUGCUUGAAGGAUUCACUGCUCAGACUAUCGACCUACGCACCCAGAAUGUCCACCCAGCGCUCCCACUCGCCCCCGACUCCCUCUUCCUCGACUUCGACAGAUGAGCCUGUUGCGAAGCGGCAACGCAUCGAGAGCGGGGUCGCAGACGGCGAAUCGAACGGCGUGAAUGGCAGCUUGGCGGCUGAGGUGCCGACCAAGCGGAAGCGGACGCUCCCGUACGAGAAGGGCAUGCACCUCGCGCCGAUGGUACGAAUCGGUACUCUGCCUGUCCGGUUGGUGUCCUUGGAGUACGGCGCGGAGCUUGUCUGGGGUCCUGAGAUCGUUGACAAGGCGAUUAUCGGUUCUGAGCGGAGGGUCGACCCCAAGACGGGUGUCGUCUCGUUCUUCAAGAACAACCGCUCUGUCUUCGAAUGUCACCCCAUCGAGAAACCUCGUCUCAUCUUCCAGCUUGGCAGCGCUUCGCCCGAGCUUGCCGUGCAGGCGAUGAAGAUGGUUGAGAACGAUGUCGCGGGCGUCGGCUUGAAUUGCGGUUGCCCAAAGUCGUUCAGUCUGUCGGGCGGGAUGGGCGCUGCUCUGCUGAAAGACCCCGAGCGACUGUGUUCGAUCUUGAAGGCCCUGGUCGGAGCGACCGACUUGCCCAUUGACGCCAAGAUCCGCCUCCUGCCCAAACCCGCCUCUUCAGCUUCCGCUUCCCCCGCACAAACACCCGCUUCACCUGCUACGCCUCAAGACUCUGCACCUGCUUCCCCCUCAGCAGCCGCUCCAACACCCUCCGCCGUUCUCGAGCCAACCGAGCCUCUCACCAUAACCAUCCCUCCUACCGAGCAUGCCUCGCCUUCCGAGCCGACCAUCCCGCUAGUCGCCCAGAUCUUCGACACCGGCAUCGCGAACCUGACGGUGCACUGCCGGACGCAGGAAAUGCGGUCUCGCGAGCCUGCUUUGCACGACCGGAUGAGAAGCAUCACCGAGAUGGGUAGGGAGCGGGGCGUGCCCGUCGUGUGCAACGGCGACGCGCUAGGAGGGGGGCAAGAGGCGAAGUGGGGAAACUUCCAGGAGUUGUGCGAGAAGACUGGAGUUUCGUCUGUCAUGAUUGCCCGAGCAGCCGAAGCGAACCCUUCGUGCUUCGCUUCGAACGGCCUCGAAGACCCCAUCAAGGUUGUCAUUCCCCGACUCCUGCGCAUUGCCGUCGCGACCAACAACCACUACCAGAACACGAAGUACAUCCUGAACGCAAUGGACCUCUACUCCUCCCCGACUCCUCCCUCGCGCGAAGUCAACCGCGACCUGAAGCAGCGGAUGAACAAGGCCAAGACGUACGAGGACAUGUGCGCGAUCUUUGGCAUCUCGGAGGAAGAGGUGAAGCGGAUUCGGGAGACGGGCGUCGAGGAGUUCGUGCCGGGGUGGGUCAAGCGGAGGAAGGAGAUUGUCGAGGCCGAGGGAGAGUUCUGA